UGAUAAGGAUUUGGGCAGCUCUGUCCCAAUUUCUGUUCUUCUACCUUUGCGCCCGCAUUAAUAGUGAGAUGUAAUAGUGAGAUGUAAUAGUGAGAUGUAAUAAUUCAGAUUAUCCAUCAGUUCCCCUUCUAUUAAAGUGAUAGAGAGAAAGACACAGAGAGAUACAGUGAAUUCACACUAAUUCGGGUGCAAUGACAUUCAGCUGGUUGGGGUCCCGCGUGUAGAAGACCAGUCCAGGCCCUUCAACAGAACCACAAAGUUCACCAUCAGAAUAAAUACCAUCAUCAUGUUGACGAGACUAUUCAGCGAGCCCAGUCUGAUCCCCGAGGUGCAGAAAUUCGCCAGUUGGCCCGAGGACUGUGAGGAUGAUGAUGAUGACAUGAGUGAGAAGGACGAGUCGGAGGAGAAGUGUCUGCAGGAUGUCAAUACAGAAGGGUCUCUGGGUGAAAGUAAAGAAGAUGGGGACCUGAUUGGGGAAGAAGAGGAAGAAGAGGAGGAGGAAGAAGGGACAGAGGAAAUGGAUGGCGAGAGGCCCAAAAAACGUGGGCCCAAAAAGAGAAAGAUGACCAAAGCCCGGAUAGAGAGGUCUAAGCUGAGGAGACAGAAAGCCAACUCCAGGGAGAGGACCCGCAUGCACGACCUGAACUCAGCUCUGGACAACCUCAGGAAGGUGGUUCCUUGCUACUCCAAAACCCAGAAGCUGUCCAAGAUAGAGACCCUCAGGUUAGCCAAGAACUACAUCUGGGCCCUCUCUGAGAUCCUCAGAUCCGGCAAGAGGCCUGACUUGGUGUCCUAUGUGCAGAACCUGUGCAAGGGACUCUCUCAGCCCACCACCAACCUUGUGGCCGGCUGUUUGCAACUCAAUUCAAGGAAUUUCCUAACUGAGCAAGGUCAGGAGUCUGGCAGAUACCACGGCCCAAACUCUUCUUUUGCCAUGCACCCCUACACCUAUCAGUGUCCCCGACUGUCAGCCUCCCAGUGCCAGUCCAGCACCAUGGCCAGCACCCAUGCUCUCAGAAGCCAUGGCUAUUGCGCCACCUACGAGUCCAUUUACGGCAAUGCGUCUCCGGACUACAAUAGCUCAGAGUAUGACGCCCCCCUAAGCCCACCACUGUGCAUUAAUGGCAACUUCUCCCUCAAGCAGGACUCGUCUCCAGACCAGGAGAAGAAUUAUCACUACUCUAUGCACUAUUCAGCCCUGCAGGCCUCAAGGUCUUCUGCUCAUGGGCUGCUCUUCAGCUCUUCUGGGGUGCGCAGUGGGGGGCACUCUGACAACCUGUUGCCUUACGACAUGCACGUGCAUCACGACAGGGCCCCCAUGUAUGAGGAACUCAAUGCAUUUUUCCAUAACUGACCCCUUCUUUGACAUGUGUGUGUGUUUGACUGUGCAAUUUGUGCCAACGAUUGGGCACUGGAGGGUUGGCAGAGCCUGGUGAGCAAACAUUGGUGCCAUCUAAAUUGCCCUCCAGCUGUGGUGCAUUUGGUGACCCUUUUCUGCCUAAAAGACCCUUUAUGUCUGAGUAGACCCAUUUGUCCUUUGUGCUCCAGACAAGAAGGGAAUCGUGUAACACGUGUGUCCUGUGGGCCCUGGAGCCGAGGCGCAUUUGGUGAAGCAUCUGUCGCAAGCGAUAAGAGAUGCAACUGCUUGUGUCUUGCAUCCAAUAAUUGCACUGGUUUACUCUCCUUUUAUUUAGGUGACCUUCAUGCUCCUUCCAACAGCUGCGACAAAUAGAUCUGCUCUUACUACAAGUAAGCUCCAGCUUUCCUGUGCGCUCUAUUCACCCCAUUAUUCUCCAGCUUGUUGGGGGCGCACACUCCUUAUACUACAGAUGUGGGGGUUUUUUUAUCUGCCGAUGUGGGUGUAAUUCUGUAACCCCCUUUUAUAAAACCAGGAGCAUUAAUUUAGUAGCCCCAGAAUUGUCCAUUGGUCAUCCAUAAAUAUGAAUUUAAUUUAAUAAAUAGUCUUUCUCAAUACGCAAUAACUCCUGCCUCCAAUAGGGAGAAACAUAGUUGGGAGGUUCAAGCCGUUAAUUAGCAGCUCUGGGCCUGGGGUUUACUAAUAAAUGAAUAUCACAAAUUAACCCAAUCAGAGCUGUAUAAGCAACACUUUGUAUGCCGGUCUGUGAUAGGAGUUCAAUUCUAUUUAGCGCAUAAAGCAAUAAAUUGUAAAAUUAAGCAAAAACUAUGCAAAAAAAUAAAUAAAUAGCUAAAAUGUCAUUUAUAUAAAUCUUAUAUAGAGACAAUAACCAGAGGCAAUUGUGGUUCAACCUCGAGGGGUCUGUGCGCCUUUCAACUCCUGCCGAUAAAAAUCGAAUGCAAUUUCCAUCGUUUAGAUGAGCGGUAAAAAAAAAAAAAAAAAAAAAAAGAUUUCAGGCACCUCUGGGGAUUCAAUGGACUCGAGUCAAACAUUAAUAACUUGUAGUGGGAACAAAACAAUUAAACAAUUCCAAUGUUUUGAACAUUUGCGAUUUUUUCCUUAUUUUUAGUCAUGCGAAAGAUAAAUCCGCAAAUCUCUAGGUGAAACUGUCACCCAACGAAAAAACAAAUGCGGUUGUUUUUAUUGAUUCCGAACGGUCAUUGGUUUUUAUUAUUACAUCCGAUUUGUUACAGUCACACCGAUAUUUAUUUCAACGAAUUCCCUUGUUGGGGGGGUUAAAAUUAUUAUUUUUAUUUUUUUUAGAAAGGUCAACAACAAAAAACUAUCACUGAUUUUAAAGCUUGUAGUAAAAAAAAACAAGUGGGGUCGCUAGAAGUGUUGUGUUUGUGUCUCCGUUUUAAUUCUGAAACAAAAAAUAAACGAAAUAAAAAAAAAAUCAAGACGAAA